AUGAUGCAAGAUGAAAGGAACAAGGUGGUAAUGGAAAAGUUGAAAAAAUCACUAUUGUUUCGUAUGGUAGCAAUCAACCCUAAUUCUAGCUCCAUCAUCAAUUCUUCAAUCGUCUCCUCUUUCAUUGACAAUCGUUUUCCACAAGUUUUCAAAUCCUUCGACGCCCCCACUCACCCUCCUUAUGAGUUGAUGAUAAAGAAAGCAAUGAAGGAGUUGAACGAAGAAUAUGGGUCGACUGAGGAAGCAAUUUCUGGGUUUAUAAGAAGCGAAUACGGCGAAGAUUUACCAUGCGCCCACACAACUAUUCUUCAUAUUCAGUUGAGGAAGCUUUGUAUGGCUGGGAAACUUGGCUUUAAGAAGGGGAAAUAUGUUCUUGAUUUUGAAAAUAAUGAGCCUAAGAUGACACUAAAAAGUUAUAAGAAGAAGAAGAUGAAGCAGACCAGGAUUUGA